AUGGCUUACGCCUACUUGUUCAAAUACAUCAUCAUCGGCGACACAGGUGUCGGCAAAUCAUGCUUACUUCUCCAAUUCACGGACAAACGGUUCCAACCAGUCCAUGACCUCACAAUCGGUGUGGAGUUUGGUGCUCGAAUGAUCACUAUUGAUGGCAAGCAGAUCAAACUGCAGAUAUGGGAUACUGCUGGGCAAGAAGCUUUUAGAUCAAUCACGCGGUCUUACUACAGGGGCGCGGCAGGCGCUUUGCUAGUAUACGACAUUACGAGGCGAGACACAUUUAACCAUCUUACCACUUGGCUGGAGGACGCUCGACAACACUCCAAUUCAAACAUGGUUAUCAUGUUGAUUGGUAACAAAAGUGAUCUGGAAUCUCGACGUGAAGUAAAGAAGGAGGAAGGCGAGGCGUUCGCACGUGAACACGGGCUAGUGUUCAUGGAAACGUCGGCUAAGACCGCUGCUAACGUCGAAGAAGCCUUCAUCAAUACUGCCAAAGAAAUCUAUGAGAAAAUCCAGGAAGGAGUAUUCGAUAUCAACAAUGAGGCGAAUGGUAUCAAGAUCGGCCCCCAGCACUCAACGGCUGGUGGAGCGAGUGGCGCGGGAGGCGCAGGCGCGGGCGGGCUGAAGAGGAGAGGUGCAGCUGUGUGCAACGAACAUUGGUACGAAACUUAUAGCAUGCCGGAUUUAUAG